GCCAAUCCACGAUGGAUGGGCGAAUCGGCUCUCGCUGGGCGGUGCAAAGGUUGGUCGACUGAACCUUGGCGCAGGCGUGGGUGCAUCGGGCCCGGCAAGAUUGCGCAGGCGCAGCUGGGUGAGGCCCGGCGGGGUUGCGCAUGCGUGGACUGUGCGGCGGAGAGGAGCCGGUGUGUCAUGGAGGCCUACGAUGUUAUCGCCAACCAGCCCGUGGUCAUCGACAACGGCUCUGGUGUUGUCAAAGCUGGAUUUGCUGGUGAUCAGAUACCAAAAUACUGUUUCCCCAAUUAUGUUGGUCGUCCAAAGCACAUUCGGGUGAUGGCAGGAGCAUUGGAAGGUGAUCUCUUCAUUGGGCCCAAGGCUGAGGAACACCGAGGAUUGCUCUCAAUUCGUUAUCCCAUGGAACAUGGCAUUGUGCAAGACUGGAAUGACAUGGAGCGAAUUUGGCAGUAUGUUUAUGGCAAAGACCAACUACAGACCUUCUCUGAGGAACAUCCAGUGCUCCUGACAGAAGCUCCACUAAAUCCAAGCAAAAACCGGGAGCGGGCUGCGGAAGUGUUUUUUGAGUCAUUUAACGUUCCGGCGCUUUUCAUUUCAAUGCAAGCUGUUCUAAGUCUAUAUGCCACCGGUCGAACCACGGGUGUGGUGCUCGAUGCCGGUGAUGGAGUCACCCACGCUGUCCCAAUUUAUGAAGGCUUUGCCAUGCCACAUUCCAUCAUGAGGGUAGAUGUGGCAGGCAGGGAUGUGUCCCGAUACCUGCGCCUACUGCUCCGGAAAGAAGGAUAUGAUUUUCACACCACUGCAGAAUUUGAGGUUGUUAAAACAAUCAAAGAGCGGGCCUGUUAUCUAUCUAUAAACCCACAGAAGGAUGAAACCCUGGAGACUGAGAAGGCACAAUACACUCUCCCCGAUGGGAGCACCUUAGAGGUGGGACCCGCUCGAUUCCGAGCUCCUGAGUUGCUUUUCAAACCUGACCUCAUAGGAGAUGAAAGCGAGGGAAUCCAUGAGGUGCUGACCUUUGCCAUUCAGAAGUCGGACAUGGACCUCCGCAGGACAUUAUUUUGCAAUAUUGUACUCUCAGGGGGUUCCACCCUGUUUAAAGGUUUUGGUGAUCGGUUACUCAGUGAGGUUAAGAAACUUGCUCCAAAGGACGUGAAAAUAAAGAUCUCUGCACCACAAGAGAGGCUGUACUCCACAUGGAUAGGGGGCUCUAUCCUUGCCUCACUAGACACAUUCAAGAAAAUGUGGGUGUCUAAGAAAGAAUACGAGGAGGAUGGAGCACGGGCAAUCCACCGGAAGACAUUUUAAUAUUGUUGGAAGUUGGCGUGCUGCUUUGUAAGCCUCGACCUGUGUGUAUCACAUAACCAUGCAGAAUUAAUAAUGGACAAGUAAAGUGUGUAUUUUUAUGUAUAAAAGAGGGUUUGGAUGCCACUUAUCAAAUAUUCUACCCCUAUCAAGAUUUGUGUAUAUUGGAUUAUACAUUCUGAUUUCAGUACUGUUGGGGGUGAGCUGUAGAUCAAUGUCUGCUGGUUGGUUUAGACAUUGCCGUUUACAAAGGAAGAUAUCUGCACUCGUUCAAUGAAGAAAAUGGUGUAAUUUAAGGUGUUUGACCACCCUUCUGCUUCCCUGAUCCCACGUCUCCCACCCUUGCCUCAUUCCUACUUUAUAAAUUCAUAGGAAAUGGGAGUUGCUUGUUAUAUUGAAGGUCAUCAUAUCACAUAGGUUGGAACAGCAAGCAGGAACCAGACUUCUGUGGUGAAUGUUCACAUCUACAGAGUGGACUCGAUGGACUCGAUUCCUUAACCUGCAUAGUAACUAGUCCUGCAAUGUUAGCUACUGUGAGUAGCAAAUGGUUAAACUGUCAAGCACAGUAACUAGCACUUUACUUGCAGUGGUUGGGUAGUGAGGAGAUAUCUGCAUGAGGACCAUAUAUUAGCAGCGUUUAAGUCUUGCACUGAACAUAACUGAUGAAAGUGUACAUGAUCAUUGGUGAUAACUAUGUCUGUCUUUAAGUUAUAGUUAGUGGGUUAAUAUUUUCCUCUCUUCCCACCCCCUUCCCCACUUACUCCUUUUAAAAUGUACAGAAUUAUUCUGCAUUAUAUUACAACUGUUAUAUCCACCGUUAAUUCUGAAGAAACAUGUUUCCUUUUGGGGCUUUUUUAAAUUGAAUCUGCACCUUACCUGCACAUCAUGCUACUUUUCAAUGUAGUCUGUGUCUAAUUUCAGCUAGUCCAACACAGUUCUGUGAAUUGUGUGAUGGAUCUGUUUAGAAUAAAAUGCUGCUCUGAAUUCAGUUCUGCAGUUUAACUUGAAGUUGGGUUGAAGGGGUCUGGAGUUAAGUUGAGGAAUUGGUUUACAGACCUCUCGUAAAGCUUUGCCCUGUAUACUUGGAUGUGAUUUGGAAUGUGCUUCUAUUUAUUUCCCCUUGUUAAUGACCAAUUGCAAUUGAGAACAUCCAUUUUCAUAGACUUCCAAAAGAUUUAGUAUAUGAAAGCCUUGUGAUGCAAGAUCUAUUGCACCCAAGUAGAUUACCCUUUUUUAUUUUCUACUGCAGUGAAGUGGAGUUUGUUGUCCUUUUGAUACUUGGUGAUGGCCUGAUUGGGAGAGUAUUCUCACCCGUGUGUUACAAACCACAUACUGCACUCGAUUACCUUGAAAAAGUAUCUCAAGCCAUUUCCAAAAGACUUGGUUCAACAGUGCAGAUUGGAAUUGAGACUUUCAGCAGUGUACUAAAUAAAUACUAGUAUAAACUGUUUAAUAAUGAAUCAAUCUGUGUUUUGAUCUCACUUUGCAAAGCCCGGAGUUUGGUUGUAACCCAUCAGCUGGCUCUCAUAACAAGGUUUUUAUUAUUUGGGUGAAAAUUGUCUUUUGAAGGUAAAUACCUGGAUGGAUUGCUGACACUUGAAUCCCCUGUCAUGUGGCUGAGCUGCCAUGAGAGUGUGAGAUAUUCUGACACUGCAGUAAGAGUACAAGAGGCAUUGCCUUACUCCUCAGACCUGAUUGCUAUAUUUUGCACCAGUUUGACUCUAAAGAUGAAGGUUUAGAUUCAAAUAAAAGCUCCAUCACAGUGUCUGUGUCCUUCAAUGCAGCCAAGAAGUGUUUUCCUUUUUUGCACAAUUGAACAUAAAUUAACUUAGUUUUGACAAAACUAAGGAGAGUGGCUUUUGGGAGAGUGCCUUUGAAGGCUAAUCAGUUUUAUUAAUGAGUUUACCCAUCCUUUGCUGGUGUAACAGGCACCAUUAACAAAAUUCUCUGUGUAACUGUAAGCCUCUGUUCUAAGUGAUGUGGCAUAUAUCUGUUGUCAACACCCUUGUUGAUCUUUGGCAGGGGCAUGAGAUAUUGAUGAAUUGGUUCUACUUGUUGAGCCUUUUGAUGACUUGGCAAACAAUUGACCAUCAACGUAUGGAACAGGAAACUGGUGACCUCUACUACUGGGGACUACUAGGAUUUGGCAUCUUUGCUAUGUUCCCUUUAUACUUGACUGAUCCUAUUUUGACAAGUUAGAGUGAAAGCUAGGUGACCCAAUUUCCAGCCAGUUUUAAAAUGGGCUUUACAAAGAGUCACAUCAAGGGGCAAAGUUUAGAUAGUGGGUCUUGCAAAGGAUGGGAAUCCUGUGACUCCUUUUGGACCAGAGAACAGAAUUAGACUUACUGCAAUCCCUUUUGGAAAAUCUGAUGGUUUGUCUAAGUGUGCAGAUCAUGAAUAAUGCACAGCCUCUGAAAAUGCUGUCGGCAUAAAUUUAGAUAAGUAUGAGGUAGCACUGCAGGCUGCCUUGAAUUAAUUAAGGAAUGAUUACUUUCUUAGAGAAAUCUGGUUCCUGCAAUUUUGACUCCAUGUUCCAGACAUUUCAGGACUUUGGUACUAGAGUGCCUUUAACCUUGUACGGAGAGUGGGAAAUGUGGGAUAUAAAUUGGCACCGGUAGAGUUUACCUCAAGUGUAUUUAAAAAAAAAAUAAAAACACUUCA